ACGAGUACCGGAAGUGAGCGCUCUUGUUUUGAAGGUGCGUCUGGAAGGAGAGUUGGCGUUUAUGACAUGGUGGACGGUCUGUGUUGUAUGCGAGCUCAAACGCUCCGCGCCGCGCUGCGAUUUGACGGAAGAUGUUAAAAAACCGGGAAGUGCUGCUUUCCCAAGAUGACAUGAUGGUUCCCGUGCUGAGCUCCAAAAAAGCCAGUGAGCUGCCCGUCAACGAGGUGGCGUGCGCUCUGCAGGCCAACCUUCAGUACGGGCUCGGCGAGGACGAGGUGUCUCGACGCAGGGUCUACCACGGCUGGAACGAAUUCGACAUCAGCGAGGACGAGCCGCUAUGGAUGAAGUACAUCUCGCAGUUCAAAGAUCCGCUGAUCCUGCUGCUGCUGGCGUCGGCCGUCAUCAGCGUCCUCAUGCGGCAGUUUGACGACGCCAUCAGCAUCACCGUGGCCAUCGUCAUCGUCGUCACCGUCGCCUUUGUUCAGGAGUAUCGCUCAGAGAAGUCUCUGGAAGAGCUGGGAAAACUGGUCCCGCCGCAAUGUCAUUGUAUCCGCGAAGGUCAGCUGCAGCGCAUGCUGGCCAGAGAGCUGGUCCCGGGAGACACGGUGUGCCUGGCGGUGGGAGAGCGCGUCCCGGCUGACCUGCGCCUCUUCGAGGCCAGCGACCUUUCCGUGGACGAGUCCAGCCUGACGGGGGAGACGGCGCCCUGCGCAAAGUCCACCGCGCCCCAGCCGGCCACCGGCAAUGGUGACAUCGCUUCCCGCGGCAACGUAGCCUUCAUGGGGACGCUGGUGCGCUGCGGCAAAGCCAAGGGUAUCGUCAUCGGAACAGGAGAGAACUCGGAGUUCGGGGAGGUCUUCAAGAUGAUGCAAGCGGAGGAGGCUCCCAAGACGCCGCUGCAGAAGAGCAUGGACCUGCUGGGGAAGCAGCUCUCGCUCUAUUCCUUCGGCAUCAUCGGGGUCAUCAUGCUGGUGGGCUGGCUGCAGGGCAAGAGGGUCAUGGACAUGUUCACCAUCGGCGUCAGUCUGGCGGUGGCGGCCAUUCCCGAGGGUCUCCCCAUCGUGGUGACGGUGACACUGGCCCUGGGCGUCAUGCGCAUGGUGAAGAAGAGAGCCAUCGUCAAGAAGCUCCCCAUCGUGGAGACCCUAAGCUGCUGCAACGUCAUCUGCUCGGACAAGACGGGAACGCUCACCAAGAACGAGAUGACCGUCACGCAGAUGUUCACGUCGGACGGACUCCACGCCGAGGUGACGGGCGUGGGCUACAACGGCGCCGGAGAGGUUUUAGUGGACGGGGAAAUUGUGCACGGCUUUUCUCACCCUUCGCUAAGCAAGAUCGUGGAGGUGGGCUGCGUGUGUAACGACUCCGUCAUCAGGAACGGGACUCUGCUGGGAAGGCCCACGGAGGGCGCGCUCGUGGCCCUCGCAAUGAAGAUGGGUCUGGAGGGCGUCCAGCAGGAGUACGUGCGUCUGGAGGAGUAUCCCUUCACCUCAGACAAGAAGUGGAUGGCGGUGCGAUGCGUUCACCGUACGCAGCAGGAUAAGGCAGGCGUGUUGUUCGUGAAGGGCGCCUACGAGCGGGUGAUCCGCUUCUGCGGCUCCUACAACGGCCGAGGCGGCGCCCGUCCUCUCGACCAGCAGCAUUUGGAGCUCUACCUGCAGCAGAUCAGCUACAUGGGCAGCGCCGGCCUUCGAGUGUUGGCGUUCGCUUCCGGGCACGAGAUGGGAACUUUGACCUUCCUGGGCCUGGUGGGCAUCAUCGACCCGCCCAGGUCGGGGGUCAAAGAGGCGGUGAGCACGCUCAUCGCCUCGGGCGUCGCCAUCAAAAUGAUCACCGGCGACUCUCAGGAGACCGCCGCCUCCAUAGCCGGUCGUCUGGGACUGUGGUCCAAAGGAGGCGAGUGUUUGUCGGGUGAGGAAGUCGACCGUCUGGACCUGCAGCAGCUGUCACAAAUCGUCCCCCGAAUCUCAGUGUUCUACAGAGCCAGCCCCAGACACAAGCUCAAGAUUGUCAAGUCUCUGCAGAACACGGGCGCCGUGGUGGCCAUGACGGGCGACGGCGUGAACGAUGCGGUGGCCCUGAAAGCGGCCGACAUCGGCGUGGCCAUGGGCCGCGCCGGGACCGACGUCUGCAAGGAGGCCGCCGACAUGAUCCUGGUGGACGACGACUUCAACACCAUCAUGUCGGCCAUCGAGGAGGGAAAAGGAAUCUACAACAACAUCAAGAACUUUGUGCGCUUCCAACUCAGCACGAGCAUCGCGGCGCUAACCCUCAUCUCGUUGGCGACGCUGAUGAACUUCCCCAACCCGCUGAACGCCAUGCAGAUCCUUUGGAUCAACAUCAUCAUGGACGGGCCUCCCGCGCAGAGUUUGGGCGUGGAGCCGGUGGACCGCGCUGUGAUCCUGAAGCCCCCUCGCAACGUUUCCGACAGCAUCAUCACACGCAGCCUCAUCGCCAAAGUUCUGCUGUCGGCCUUCGUCAUCGUCUGUGGGACGCUCUUCGUCUUCUGGAGAGAGCUCCAGGACAACGUGAUCACGCCUCGAGACACCACCGUGACCUUCACCUGCUUCGUCUUCUUCGACAUGUUCAACGCGCUCAGCUCGCGCUCACAGACGCGCAUGGUGCACGAGAUGGGCCUGUGCAGCAACCGCACGUUCUGCCUGGCCGUGCUGGCGUCCAUCAUGGGCCAGCUGCUGGUGGUCUACUUCCCGCCGCUGCAGCGCGUCUUCCAGACCGAGAGCCUCAGCCUGUCCGACCUGCUGUUCCUGGUGGCGCUGACCUCGUCCGUGUGCGUCGUGUCAGAGGCCGUCAAAAAAGCGGAGAGGUGGCGAGGCGCGCCGCAGGGGGCGCCCUCCGACUACUUCCAUCAGGUAUGACGCAAAGCGGGGCGACCCGCCAGCGACGGAAGGACAAAACGGCCGAACCCCCCAUCCGUCCCCUGCUGGCCGGCGGCCUCAUCAUUCUUCUUGUGCGUCACGGGGAAUGAGGGAAUUACAGACCGCUUCGUCCUCGGCGCCGUCUCGCUGGGCUCGUCGCGGACGAUCACGACGUCGUCGACGGUAACUCAAUGAUCGCUGCGAAGCUUCCAGGCAGAGAGAGAGUUUGCGAUUCAUCGUUCGAGUCCUCCAGUCAACUAUAUAGUCUGCCAUCUCCAAAUCCCCACGUAGCGGGCACGAUGAAGGCUUUGGAACGUUCUGAAUCACUACAAAAGUGGCGCAAAUCCAACCGAAGCGUUGUUGUUGAAACUCCACAAAGGCGGAAUGUUUGCUCCUCGACUCCACGCCGAUAGGCUCUCAUCCGUCACGGCGGCCAGCGGGCGUCUUCGGGCGGCCCGGGCGCUCGGCGUCCGCUCGACCGAAGCCGUCUGUCUUCAUCCUUUGCGGGACGGAAACUCUUGUUCUUGUUUUAAAAGGACUUUUUACGGGCUUUGAAUUAACCCUUUAACUACCCGCUUGACCAAUCAAUAGAGGAAGCCAAUAAUCGCUUUUAAGGACCACGUAUGCCAGAUUGACUUGUUUGGUUGCGCGUUUUUUUAAAGGAAUAAUAGAAUUUGUUAUUGUCAGUCGAAUAAAGUUACACAGAUGAGAUGAAGUAGCGGCAACGGUACUGGUUGGGAUUUUCCGCAAGCAGCCAGGAAAUCGUACAGAGCAAUCCAAAUAUCCAGUCCGCCCAGUGUUCUCGAAGGUUCUCCCACUUUCUCUUGUUGUUGUGCUUUUGUUUUCUUCUGGUGACGUGUCAACUAUUUGGUUACGGUUCAUCUUUUCAAAUCUAUACAUUUCUGUUCAAACUGCCCAAAGGAAAUUUGAAAUGCAAACCUUUUUUUUGUUUUUGUAUCGCUUCUUAAGGUGGCACCUUCCUUCCUUUGUAGCGGGAAAUUAAAUUAAAGGACACUUGUGAUGUUUGUG